AUGGGAGGUAAAUCAAAAGGUAAAAGAUCAGGAACAAGAUAUAAGUUUUCCCAAGGUUUUCGUAAACAUGGAGAAUGUACUGCCAAUAAAUAUUUGGAAAAAAUAAAUUAUGGAGAUUAUAUUGAUAUAGUAUGUGAUUCUUCUCAACAAAAAGGUAUGCCAUUUAAUUUCUAUCAUGGAAGAACAGGAAAAGUUUUUCAUAUUACAAAAAGAGGUGUUGGUGUUUUAGUCAAUAAAAGAGUUAGGCAUCGAAUUAUUCAAAAAAAAGUUUGUGUAAGAAUUGAGCAUGUAAGAAAAUCUCGAUGUAAUGAAGAUUUUAUUUUAAGAAAAAAAAAAAAUCAACAAUUAAUUAAAGAAGCAAAAUUAAAAAAUGAACAUGUAUCAGUUAAAAGAAAAACCGAAGGACCUAAACCAGCUGCCAUGAUUAAAGUACCUCCAUCAAAAUUAAUUACUGUCGAACCAUUACCAUUCUAUGAAGAAUAUUAA